GCCUGCGCGCUGCGGCCCGGUGCGGUGCCGGGGGGCGGGCGGGAAGUGCCGCCGCUCUCCCCCCGCAGCCAGCCAUGGCGGAGGCGGGCGGGGAGGGCCCGUCCGUACUGUUCCUGCACCCGGACCUGGGUCUGGGCGGCGCGGAGCGGCUGGUGGUGGACGCCGCGCUGGCGCUGCAGGCGCGGGGCUGCCGGGUGCAGAUCUGGACGGCGCACUACGACCCGGCCCGCUGCUUCGCCGAGACGCGGGGGCUGGCGGUGCGGCGGUGCGGCGGGUGGCUGCCCCGCAGCCUGUGGGGCCGCGGGCACGCCCUGUGCGCCGCCCUGCGAAUGGCCUUCGUGGCUCUCUACAUCCUGCUCCUCAGCGACGAGUCGGCCGACGCCUUCGUCUGCGACCAGGUGUCUGCCUGCAUUCCUGUGCUUAGGCUGGCCAGAACCCGCAAGAAGGUUUUGUUUUACUGUCACUUUCCUGAUCAGCUUCUGACCAAGAGAGAAUCUUUCCUGAAGCGCAUCUACAGGUUACCGCUCGACUGGCUGGAGGAGUACACGACUGGCAUGGCAGACUGCAUUGUUGUGAACAGCAAGUUCACCGCCAGCGUGUUCAAGGACACAUUUAAGUCUUUAUCUCACAUAAACCCAGAUGUCCUCUACCCAUCGCUCAACAUCAGUAGCUUUGAAACAGUAGUUCCUACGGACAUAGAGGACCUGAUACCCAAAAAGAAAAAGUUCUUGUUUCUUUCUAUUAAUAGAUAUGAGAGAAAAAAGAAUCUAGCAUUGGCUCUUGAAGCUUUGCAAGAGCUUCAAGGAAGACUUGAUUCUCAUCAGUGGAAUGAAGUUCACCUGGUUAUGGCAGGUGGUUAUGAUCAGCGAGUCCUGGAAAACGUGGAGCACUACGAAGAGCUGAGGAGACUUGCAGCCAAGCUUAGUGUUAUUGACCACGUCACCUUUCUGAGAUCAUUCUCAGAUGAACAGAAAAUCUCUCUUUAUAGUAACUCUGUAUGUGUGCUUUACACACCAAGCAAUGAACACUUUGGCAUUGUUCCUCUGGAGGCAAUGUAUAUGAGAUGUCCAGUUAUAGCAGUUAAUUCAGGUGGUCCAUUAGAAUCAAUCUUGCAUAAUGUUACAGGGUUUUUAUGUGAUCCUCUGCCAACGCAAUUCUCUGAGGCCAUGGAAAAAAUUGUGAGAGAUCCUCUCUUAAAGGACACAAUGGGAGCAGCUGGGAGAGCCAGAGUUAUGGAAAAAUUUUCCUCAGAAGCAUUCACAGAACAGCUGUACCAAUACAUAUGCAGAUUAACACAAUAAAAUUAUAUUCCCAUAUUAUAUUUUACUGUUUUGUAUCUCAUUUGUAUAGGAAACCAGUAUUCAUUGUGAUUAUGAAGAAAAACCCGGGACAUCUGAGUUUCCUUGUUAUACUUCUUGUGCUGCCUUAUGUCACUCAAUGCAAACAACUGAGCCAAAUAUGUCCCAUUGUCUCAUUAGAAGGUUAAAAUUUUCUUGUGGUAGGCUGAUCUGCCAUUGUAGCUCUUUUGUCUACUGUGCCUUGGAAAAAUCAUAGUUAAAUGGCCGUAACUUACUAGAAAAUUAUUGUACAUUUUACUUUGAUACUGGGCAGUAUGUCUGAUACAACUUACAAAAUGUGGAUUUGUACAGAUAAGGACAGUUUUAUGUAUUUAGAAUGUUCAUUAGUAACAUUUAAGUAAAAGAGCUGUCUUAGCUGAAGUAUGGAGAGAAUGGCACAGUCCAGCUGCAUGUUUAAAAAAGCCAGCGUAUUUGGGAUAGAAAUGGGAUGGUUUUAAAAUGAUUGACCUUUUACUGUACUUCUCUUCUUAAAUAUCAUCAUGUAGUCACACUGGGUGUCAUAAACAAACCUGCAGGUUUGUGAGCAUAGGAGGCUGAGACUAAAAACCAAGGACAUCAGACUACCUCAGGCAGAAGCAUUAGUGCUGAAAUUCUAUGUCUAAGCAAAUAUCUGCAAUGCUAAAGGGUGUAAUUUUACUUUGAGAGUUUCUGGUUUGUGGAGACUUAAAUGAUAUCCCCUGUAUUUAAUGUUUUGUUCUAAAUGACAACACACUUCUAAGAAAGGUGCUAACCCAAAUCAGGCAAUAAAGACAUUUUAUUUUGGC